UUUAAAUUUUAACACAGGUAAUGUAAUGAUUUUUAUGAUAUUUCCAUGGACUCUGACUUUAAAUAAAUAAUGAUAUUUUAAUGUAUGAACUUCUUUAUCCUCAAAAAUGCAUUGCUUUCCAUUACUCCGGCAAAUAAUAUUUUGUCAAAUGCAGGAUAUCUAAAAAAUAGUACUUACUCCACACUGGACCCUUGUGGAAAGCCUAAAGUAAAUCCGGAUCAGAACUAGACUCGUCAGCUUCAAAAUGACCACUAAUCCUCGCCUUACUCCCAACCACCACAGCCCAGUUUGUGUGCACAGACAUCUUGUCAUUGUCUGCACCACAUACUGACUCCUUAAAGCACAGUUACUCUAAAGCACAGUCCGUGACACCACUCAGCUGCAGAGAUGAGUAAUCAAAGAGUAAUCUCCUCCCAAGUCAAACUGGCCGAAUACCCAAAGAGGCAGCAAACCAAACCUAGGAGCAAAAAUAGCUGCUCCAUUUCAGACAGUGAGCAGCAAAUAACCUCUGUGGGACUGAAGCUUCAUAAUGCAGCUCAGGAUCUUCAAGGAAAUGACAAGAAAUCCCACUGCAAAGAUUUUCCAGCACCUCCUGCGAGGCUCAUUGCUGGGAUCCUGGGACUCCUCUGCCUUGUCUUGAUGGCCGGUGUAAUAACCAUGACAAUCAAGGUUAUUACUCCUUAUAGUGUAAAACCGGAACAGAACGAUUCUUCUCCAAUAACAAGAACUGAGAAAGGGGAUCACUGUGGUCGUUGUCCAAAGGCCUGGUUUAUGUAUUCCAACAAUUGUUACUACAUUAGUACUGAGAGAAAAUCAUGGAAUGAGAGUUGGUUGGAAUGUGCCUCUAAGAAAUCUAACCUGCUUUACAUAGAUAAUGAAGAAGAAAAGGUAAGACUUUUAAAUGUUUCAAACAUUUUAUUGAAAGUUUAUUUCAGUUAAUAUUAUGUUUGUAGGAUUCAUGCAUAUUUUAGUAUACAGCUGUAGUGUAUUUAUUGUCAAGGCUGUUUAAUACUGCAUUUGAUUUUACAGUAUUUUAUUUAU